AGAGGUCCAGAGAAUGGAGAGCUCCUAGCAUCACUUUGUGUAAGCGUAUAUGUAUGAGGAAAAGAUCUGAAGACACUAAACAAGCUUUAAUCUACAGGUAUCUACAAUGAGCGGAACAGGGAUGAUAAUCAUUUGUUAAUUAGCAGGGUAGAGUACAGGAUGCGGUGUCUGAUGAAGAAACGAAAAGAAAAAAAGCGCACAUGCUCAUGGACAAUUGGACAAUCUUGAGCGACAGGGAGAAGACUCUGGGCGGCACUUUGGCUUGUCUACAGGUCUGGGAACAGUUUUCUACGUCUAAACAGUUGCUGGAAAACCUAACAACAGACUCCAGAUAUGCCCAACAAAGUCACCGCCUAUUUUUAACCAGUAAAAACUCAUUGCAAUGUGAUUGAUCAGAGCUAUUGACGCAAAGCACUAAUAUCCGGCCACGAUUGGUCCACACGCCUGUCAGAGGAUGUCAGUUAAACUGAUAGGCGAAUCAGAGCCCGUGUUUGACUCUUUGUUCCUCCCGUUUGGUGACGCAGGGGGUCAUGUGUUGUUUGUGCUCUGGCCCGUAGAGAUGUGUACAGGCGGAGAGGCGAGCGGAUUGCUAACAGAGCUAGCCGGAUCCUCCCGAUUAUAGAAACACGGCUGAGCGUGGUCAUGUUGCACACGGUAGGCUUCAUUUCGUGAAAAACAAGCCCGCACUGGAAUACCUGCCUCGCUGCUAAAAGGGCAAAGGGGCUCGUUUUGUUUUUCGGAGGAGUAACAAAGCCGGUCUGUGAGGAUUGCAAAUCUGAGCCGUGCGAGUCAACAUUAGCUGGCCUAGCCGGACUCGGGAGCUCGUCUCCCAAAACAAGAAUGGGGUCUAGGUCCACUCGGAUUAGCUUGCUAGUAAAGUGACCUUUGAUUGUACUCUCUGAUGGCAAAUUUCACGAAUUACCAGGAAGGCAAGGCAGCAAUGUUGAUGGUGGAGACGCAGCAGAGGGACAUGGGGACGAAAUCUGCGGCCGCCACCGCAAACGGAGACGGCUCGGUCGGGGAACCCCCUUCCCCGUUAAUUAAUAUCGGCGGCGGCGGAGCAGGAGGAGGAGGAGGAGGCUCUCGUUUCCAUCAACAUUUGCCGCCUUCCAACCACCAUCACCACCUCGGCCACCAUCAACCGCCAAAGGAUCAACAGCAGCACCAUCACUACCAACUGGCACCGCAGCAGCAGCAUCUUUCCGGGGAAAACAUCGCAGAGUCCCCGGGCAGGAAAGCCUCCUCCUCCUCCUCCUCUCUCAGCCAGGUACACACGGCGGAGGACCACGCCGCUUCCUCCGCCGCUAGCAGCAGCCAUGUAUACGCGGCUGUGAACGUCGCCAAUACCUCGGACGUUGUGGAUGAUAUUCGAAAAUGUGGCUAUUUAAGAAAGCAAAAACACGGACACAAGAGGUUUUUCGUGCUCCGGGCUGCCAGCCACCUCGGGCCGAGCCGCCUGGAGUACUACGACAGCGAGAAGAAAUUCAGGAACAGCCUGCGCUCUGCUGCCGCGGCCGUCGCCAGCGGCGGAGCGGUCGCCCCUUCUCCCCCGAAAAGGGUUAUUUACCUCUACCAGUGCUUCACUGUAAACAAAAGGGCGGACUCCAAAAACAAACACCUCAUUGCUCUUUACACUAAGGACGAGUAUUUUGCCAUUGUGGCUGAAAACGAGCAGGAGCAAGAGGACUGGUACGUAGCUGUCAGCGAGUUGAUGAGUGAGGGCAAAAAAGGGCACUUGGAUUCUGAUGAUUUAGAUGAUGGAUAUGGUACAGUCACCCCUGGUACUGUCUUUAAAGAGGUGUGGCAGGUGAAUGUGAAACCUAAAGGACUGGGUCAAACUAAAAACCUCACUGGUGUUUACCGGCUAUGCCUCUCAACUAAAACCAUUCACCUCGUUAAGUUGAACUCUGAAACCCCCUGUGUUAACCUUCAGCUGAUGAAUAUCAGGCGUUGUGGACAUUCAGAAAGCUUCUUUUUCAUUGAGGUGGGUCGCUCCUCCUCGAUUGGGCCCGGGGAGAUAUGGAUGCAAGUGGAUGAUUCUGUUGUGGCCCAGAACAUGCACGAGACCAUCCUGGAGACAAUGAAAGCCCUAAAAGCUUUUGCUGAGUUUCGGCCCAGGAGUAAGAGCCAGUCAUCGGGCUCAAACCCCAUGCCAUUUAUCACGACACGGCGCCACCUGGGCAACCUGCCACCGAGUCAGACUGGACUGCAGCGGCGGUCGAGAACGGAGUCGGUCGUUGGCACGCCACCAUCAAGUAAGAGCUCUGGGGCUAGUGGUUAUCGCUUCCGUACAUCCAGUGAGGGCGAAGGAACGAUGAACCGGCCGUUCCGCUCCGCCACAGGAAGUCUGGUUCACCUUAACUCAGCACGGGCCCAUCAUGGUCGUCAGGAGGGUGGUGCAGGCAGCAGUGGUAGUGGCGUCGCCACAGGAAAUGCUGGCACGAGCACCAGUGGCGGGCGCUAUGUCAGAGCCAUCCAGGGGUCAUCAUCCACCUACCAUGCCCGCUCCGCCUCUCUCCCAGUCUCCCACUUCCCCUCCACCACAAGUCCUGUGAGCGUCUCCUCCAGCAGCGGCCACGGCUCCGUCUCUGACACACUAACCCGCCCUUCAAGCGCCUCGAUAUGCGGCUCGCCGUCUGAUGGCGGCUUCAACUCCUCAGAUGAAUAUGGCUCCAGCCCUGGUGAUUUCCGGUACUUCCGGGUGCGGAGUAACACACCAGACUCCCUUGGCAACACCCCACCAAUCAGAGAGGAGAACUGUUUAAAUGAUUACAUGGCCAUGGGCUGGAACCGAGAGGUCUUUGGCACCAGUGGGGGGUCUGGAAACAACAGUGGAGGUGACACACCACGGGAUGAGAGCACAUCAACAACAGAGGAUGAACGCUUUUCUUCAUCAUCAUCGCUGAGGAGGAGGACACAUUCUUUCUCCAGACCUGCUGGGGGUGCAACUGGUGGCUCUGGAGUGGCAGUUUACCAGAAAAUGACCCAGACCAACUUUUCAUUGGACGAGGGGUCAGAUGUCGUGUUACCAUUUGGCAGUGGGCUGCUCCGUGGUGGGCCGUCCUCCUCCUCUUCCUCGCUUCGCUCUGACUACAGCUCCUGCUCCGAGCACAGCCAGCAGAGUCGCCCCUCCACGCUCUCCCGGACGGAGGCCAGUGGUGAGCGCCCUUCCCUAUCAUCCUCCUCUGCCAAGGAAGACAGCGGCUACAUGCCCAUGAUGUGUGGCGUGGCUGCGUCACCACGGGACACUCCCCCCGACUACAUGCCUAUGCAACCCAGUUCUUACUCCCAUCACAUCUCCCAUUCCCCUCAGUUUCACAGUCCAGCUUUAGGUGCCCGUUCAGCCCAUCCCCAGCUCCAAUCUCAAUCCUCCACAGACUCCCACGGUUAUAUGAUGAUGCUCCCAGGGGGCAGUGGCAGCUCCCCCUCCCCGGUGCAGGCCUCUCCCAGCCCUCACAGUACCUCCAGCUUGGCAGGUGCCAGUGGGAGUGACAGUAUAGCAGAGAGACCUGAAAAUGGGGAAUAUAUGGACAUGUCGUACAGUAGCAGUGGGGGGCGCAAGCUCUCUAAUGAAGGGAGUAGUGGUUAUUAUACACCUGGCACACCUGAGAACACCCCAAAGUCUUACAGCCCUUAUUUCUCCCUCCCUCGCUCCUACAAGGCCCCCACCAGAGAGAGGGAUGAGAAAGAGUAUGGGGAAUAUGUUCCUAUGAGUUCUCCUGCCAAACCAGUCUAUUCAUCAGUUGCUGCAGCUUCAGUGUCAACACCAGAGAAGAGGGGUGGGGGAGGGAGUAGCACCUCCACCCCCUCUCAUCCACCACCGCCUUAUGGAGCUCAUCAUACAACUGCAGCAAUGGCUGACAGACGCGUUGUGAGGCCUAACCGCCUCCCAUUAGGUAGAAGGAGUUUCCACGGCCCACUGCGGGUUAGUGAGCCCUCCACAGCGCCUGCAGGCACCUCGGCCUCAGUCCCCGUCACUGGUAGCUCAUCUGAAGGGCCUUCCAGUCCCGGAGAAUAUAUUAACAUUGAGUUUGGCGAUCACUACCCCCACCAACAACAGCCCCCCGCCUACCCUCUCUCUGCUCAAGAUGAAACGCCUUCUUUGGGAUCCAGUGACCACCGUCACUCUCCUCCACAGCCCCAAACUCACCAGGACUAUAUGAGUGUGGAGGUAGAGGCAGACCAGCAGGACAGUGCUGGAUGUCUGGGUAAGAACCAGUCACCCAGGCCCAGCCUUGUUGCCCCAUGGAACCCACCCAGCUAUAUCAGACCCCUGGCUAGCAAUCCUGGGGCGCUGGCCUCCCCUGGAGUCCCUGCCGGAAGUCACUGGAGGUCAAUGGGGGAUGACUAUACGGACAUGACAUUUAACCUCAGCAGAGGUGAGAGGACGCAAACAAGCCCCACAGCCAUGCUGCAGCAUCUCUGUGUAAUUGAGGGACGUUACGGUCAUGCUCCCUCAGCCUCCCCUUCAUCCAUUUCCCCGCCCCUCCCUUCGUCGAGCCCAGGUAGGGUGCCAACACAGCAACUGGAGCCAAAGGUGGUUCGAGCUGACCCCCAAGGCAGGAGGAGGCACAGCUCGGAGACAUUCUCCUCCACUUCCUCCUCUAAUUCAACUCCUUCUGGAGGAGGACUUGGCGCCUCAUCUUCAGCCACCCACCCCACAUUGGCGAACCCCACAGCGCCCAAUGGGUCUUACCUGACGGAAGGUCAGGCUUCCAGAUGGGCCAGCUCAGCAUCUUUUGACAGUGUGUGGAUGUCUGUGGAGGGUCUUGGGGAUUCACCGGCUCACCACGCUCCAGCAAGAGCCAUGGAAAUGGGCACUGCCUCUGGGGCCUCAGCGUCCUCCUCAUCCUCGGGGGUCGGAGCCGGUAGAAUGUGCAGAAACAUGUCUGUGGGCUACCAGAACGGCCUCAACUACAUUGCCUUGGAGCUGAGAGACGAUGCGAGUAAUGUGGGAGCCAUAACAUCGGGAGCUGGUAGCAGCAACGGGGGCUCAGCAGCGGUGGGGACAGUGCCUCUGCCAGAGAACGGCGCCUACGCCAGUAUAGACUUCACCAAAUCUGAUGGAGUCACCACAACAACCAAGGACUGAGCAAGGACGGCAGAGGUUCCCCACCCUCCUCCUCCUCCUCCUCCUCCACUCUCUGCUCGGGGCACUUGACUCUGCCUGUGACCUUUGGCGUGCCGCGCCGGUGACCUCUGACCUUCACCCAGACUGAGAAGCCGCUCCCUUCUGGACGCAGAAAACAACAACAACAUCACAACAGAUGACAAAAACGCUUGCAGUUUUUUUUAUUUUUAAGUGUAUUUCAUCUUUUAUUUUUCUUGCGUUUUAUAUACAUAUCUCGUCCUGUUUUUUGUUUGUUUUUGUUUUUUAAAUAAUUUCCCCUCUCUCACAAUCAGUGCUGACGGUGUGCGCUGCUUUUUUUCCCCCCUCGUGUUCAACAGACUUAAUCAACAGACAGCGGUCAGUGAACUUUGACUGAGGGGAUGUCAACAGAACCAUAGAUAGUCGUAUUAUCAGAUGGUUCUGCUCCUCCGUACGGUAUUAAAAAAGGGAGGCUGGAAUACUAAGCAAAGGCAUUAUGGUACAGACUUUUAUGUUGCAUUGAACUUAAAUAUUAAUUUUUAUCUUAUUACUUUUUUUUUUUUUACCCCAUGCGUAAUCCAUCCUCAUUACGGUACCAUACAGUUAUUACAUUAUGGACAAAGUUGUGGUAGAAAAUGUAUAUUUUUCUGAAUGAAUUACCCCUCGAACGAUACGAGCUCGUGGCUGGAUCCAUUUUAGCUUCAGAGUUGACAAGUGGCAUUGCACAAGUACCGUGCUUGAUCCCAUACUUUUCCACAUCAGGUAUGACACAGCACCAGAAACCUUUUGUUUACCGUUUUUCUCAGUGACACGAUAGCAUUCAUUGGCUCAGCAGACCAGUUCGAAAUAAAGAGUUGCGGUACUGGGCCAGUAUGGGUUCAUCACAGUGUACUAAUUCAAUGGGAAAACCUUAAAGCAUUACUCUCCUCGUGUUCUGUAGCACAUAUUAUUUAUUUGUUGUAACAGGUACAGAUUUUCCCGUAACAUUUCUUUGUUUGCUGGUAUGACACAGAUGGUACUUAGCCAGGCGAAGAAAUAACGUCGGCUACCGAUCGAAUGCUGGAAAGUUUUGUUGGUCUUAAAUCUGUUUCCUUUACGUGACACUUUGCAGAAAACUAAAUCAAACUUCAAAAGAAUAGUUCAUUAUUUUAUGUGUUUGCGUAGAGUUAGAUGAGAAGAUUGAUACCACUCACGUAUCUAUGCUGUAAUUAUGAAGCUACAGCCUGUAGCUGGUUAGCUUAGUGUAACACAGGACUUGGAAACUAGGGGAAAACACUAACACGUUUUGUCUUGUUUGUUUAAUGCAUUCAAAAACCAAAGCUAAAAAAAUCUUGUCAACACUUAUCCCUCCGUAAAGUUUCUGCACAACAACGAAUGAAAUACUGUGUUUAGUUUGUGGGCUGUAGUGGUGCUGCUAGGCCGAUGCAUUUAACAGGCUAGCUCUUUUACUUUUCCACUCUUUAUGCUAAGCUAAGCUGCUGACUUCAGCUCCAUAAUGAACAGAUGUGCGAGUGGCUCUGAUCUCCUCAUCUAACUCUGUUCUAAAUCUAAAUCUAUGUUGAACUAUUCCUUAGAAAAACAUUUGGGUGUAAGUGGUUUGUGGAGGUUCUGGGUGGAGAAAGUCAUUUUCCCGCCCUGCUGCCGCCGCUCGGCUCGUCUGGUUCAGUUUUCUGCGUCGAGUGAAUCGAAGCAGGUGUUUGAUUUGUUUUACAAUUUCAGUUUUACCUCAUACGGUCCGUAGCACAGUUCAGGUUAGCGACGGAGAGUGGCGCCUACACAAACACAAACAUACGCACACACACACACACACACAGACACACACAACGCUGUGAAAGGUAAAAAGCACAAAGUACAGACGACACUGGGAUGCAAACACAAGCCUAAUGCACACAUGAAAUCUCUGCAAGUGAACCGUAUACUGUACUUUGAAGGCAGUGACAUGCUCACACACACACACACGUACAUCAUGAAGACACAUGUCACGGUCACGCGGUGUCUCCCGUGCCUGCUCUCAAAACGCACGCACAGUAGUCAUACCGCCCUAUUUAGGCGAGGGAACUCAUCUGUGCCCCCGUUUCGAGCUCUUUGUCAGCAGCUCCUGAUGACGUCCGGGAUUUUUCACACACACACACACACGUGUGUGUGUGUGUGUGCUGGGGUGUUCGUCAUUGGCUCUGGGUGAUGUAAAGAGGUUUCCAGUAACCUGAGCUCCAGCUCCAGGUGCAGCGCGCUGGACAUUCUUGCCCUGUUACAACCUCUCACACACACAGGCACACACACACACACACACACACACACAGACAGAUGCACACACACUUUUGGACAGGCAGUGAACACCCACAUCAAUCACAGUCUUAGCCAGAGCUUGCUGCCUCUUCUCUCUAACAGACUGAUACGCCCAUAUUUAGCAGUUCUACUCGCGCUACUCUCCCAUGACUAUUACCCACACAACUGUUUCCAUAGAGAGAAAUGCGCUGACAGAAAAGACUGACAGCUAACGUAGCCCACAGAGUUUCAGUUUUUUUGUUCAGUAUUCACUCAUCUAAUGCUGUCUUCACCCUGUUUCAGAUUUUUCCUCCUUCUUUUUUUUUUUUUUUUUUUUUUUUUUUUAAAUCAGCCCACUCUUUUUUGUUGUUUUUAAUUUGUUUGGACGGAUAAAGGCCUGUCACUCUCACUGCGCUUUAGUGUGGGACGCAUCAUUGUCGUCCUUGCUGCGUCCCUCACGGCAGCGAUGCUGGGGAGGGAGGAAGGGAUGGAGCGGAAGUAUCUCUGAAUAAUUGUUAAUGUCUGGUUUGGCCCGUUUGGAGAGCGGCAUGGACCGGUUUUUGUUGCACUGUCAGAAAUUUGACUGAUCUGAAAGUAAAUGUCAGUCAGCUGUGACUGACUCUUACUGCACUGCACAGAUGCAGUGGACUCUGCACAUCUGGUACUCCACAUUCAUUAAAACUCAUUUUCAGUUAUUGUACUUUAUAUUAUUUUGUGCGUGCAAGAUUAAAAAAAUCUUCCUAGUCUUGAGGGGCGAUGGAAGUUACACUCAAAGUCUUGUUGAAAUAUAUUUUAUUGCUGAAACUUCAUUCUUUGUUGUCUGUUUCACCUAAGCAAAUGUUUCAAGUUUGUUUCACACUUUUAGGAAAGGUUCGUGUUUUCUGGUUAUUUUCUGUCCGGAUUUUGUGGCGUGUGAAUCAGGCAAAGCUCACAAGAUGAUUUCAGUGCCGUGGUUUCCAUUCACAUGUAGGACAAGGUUGUAGCUUUGAAACUAACAGUUAUUGUCAGUAUUGUCUCAGAGAUUAAAACAGUGAAAACCAACAAAUUCUCACAGUUUGAGAAGCUGAAAGUGGAGAUUGUUUGAUUGCUGCUUGAUCAAUGAUGGAAAUGAUUCAUCUAUCAAAUUUUUCUACAGUUAAUUAUCUGCCAUUCUGUCUUUUAAUGAACUCAUUAUUGCAGCCGUCGUUGUUUCUCUUGGUUUGAAUUACCAGAUGGUUGGAGUUUACUGCAUCAGGGCAUUUCUCUUGUUGUACCUACUGAAGCUGUGACUCACUGACCAACAUUAUAGCUCAUCUCUGAACCUUUCUGGACAAACCCCCGCUCACGAGGUACUCCGCUUAAAGCAAAUUUCCAAAACAUCCUCAACCAGUCCCUCCAUCCCAUCUCCCUUUUUUUCUAAAUUCCAGUUACGGCAGAGCCAGAAAAAGGCGUUUUUAAGUGAGAUGUUUGUCGUGUCUGAAGGAUAAGAGAUAAAGAAAACAUUGUUUUCCUGUCUGUGGAGGUUCAUACAACGUAGGUACAGAAAUAGAAGAGAUCGGAAGCAGUGAAACCCCCUUUUACCCCCAGUCACCCUCUGGAGGGGUUGGAUAAUUAAGCUCCUCAGCAGAUCCGUGUUUUAAAUGGUCUGAUUUAAAAGUGAAUAUCAACAAAAUGCUGUUUAAAGAUUUUAAGCCUGUGACGUAUCUUAUAUGUACAUUAUGAACAAUUGGAGGUGUUUUCAUUUGCCCCCUCUUCCCCCUUCGAACGAACAAAGAAUUGAAUAUCAGAAUAUUUAGGCUGCAGCGUCCCGAGACGAAAGAGAAAAUUUAGUUUCUUAUGUUUGGAAAAUGUUUCGUGUACUUAUUAUGCUACAGCGUCGUGUUGCUUUCGGGUUUUUAACGCUAUGGCAAAAAUGGUAGAGCUAGAUUUUGGGAGGAUUUUUUGGACGAAUCCCCCCUUAAUUUAUUUGAAGCAUAAGUCAAAAAUGGAUAUAUGUCGUUCAUGUCUGAUUGCCUUCAUGUUGAACUUUACCCCCUGUUUAAUUCUUUGUCAUAUCUGAAUAAAUUCACACACAAUCUGUGUUUAUUUUGGCAACAAUUCAACCUCAAAACUGUCCUCAAUGUUACCGAUUCUGAUGCUGAAAAUCAGCCGUUAGGAUUUUUUUUUUCUUGUUAGGGGUGGAGAAAUGAGAAAGAAAUUAGACCUACGUAAUAUAUAUAUAUAAAUAUAAAUAAAUAUAUAUAAUACUCACAGAGAAGACUUAGGGUACUGCAUCAUUAUGCAAACUUUUCUUUCCUUUUUCCUCUAAUCUUUGAUUUAUUUUGUAUUCUAGUUUACAGAGGGAAAAUAAUCAUCUUAUUUUUGGUUGUUUUGUUGUUUCUCUGAAAACAAAGCGAUACAAGGGUAGUAUUUUUUUUAAGAGUACAUAGGCAUUUUGCAGUUAUUUGUAUAAAGAAAUGGGUUACAACCUCUGCCUAAUGUUUAUUUUUUUGUAACUAUAUUACAGUUUAUUUGCUGCUGUGUAGUACAGUUAACAGUUGGAGAUGCUGUCGAUGGUAACCAUAGCGACGAGGAUAACCCGGAGAUGAUGUUCAUUGCCCUGCUAUCAGGCGCGGGUCAGAUUUUUUUUUCUCGCCCGAAUCCUUCCGAGACUUUGGAGGAUUUCAGCUGAGGGGGAGAAAAAAAAAAGCGAAUCCCACUCUACCCUGCUACCUGUGUUCUUAUUUUCCGAGUUGAAUGCUGUUGUUUAUUAGCUUUACAGGAAAGAGAAAGAGUUAAAAAAAAAAAAUACUGUGGAGGUGUGUAUCCUUCGUAUGUGCAUUAUUUUUCAGCGACGUACGUCCUAUAUACGAAAAAGAGUAAAAAAAAAAAAAGAGAAAGCUGUGGUGGAAAUGGGAAUCCUUCUGUACAUAAGGAAAACUCAAGUUGUCGCUUUUUCAUGUUAUGAUCGGCGCCUCGCAAGGUGCCCCCACCCCCCUUUUGUUUUUGUUUUCUUUCCUUCUCUCUCUUUCUCUCUUAUUUUUUCCUUGUGGAGGGCAAGGGGGGUAGGAGGGGUACUCAGAGGCGAUUUGAGCAUCGGCAUAGUGUUUAUAUUUAUCAACUUUUUUGCUUUCGAUAGAGCUAUUGCAAUAAAAAUGUGUUCAUGUAA